CCGGCAAGGCCGAGGAUUAGAUUAUUUAUUGGCUGCUGAAAUGGAAAAAGCUGAAGGUCAGAAGUGAAGAUCAGGCAGGCAGAGUCCAGAAUGUGCUGUGUUUGAGAGAUGGAGGUAGAAAACAUGCAACAAUGUGAGCUGACACGAAACAGUCAACAAUCUGACAGAGAUUUGUGACAGAAUAGGUCAAAGUUUAUAUCAUAUAUAUACACAAUAAAUACAAAGUUCAUACAGUAUGACACCAACUGCUUAAAAGAAAUAUGAUUGGAUUUAUUUACUUCAGCUUUUUCACACCUAAAGUCUUCCCAUAACCCACAGAUGAAUUAAGAUUCUUCAUGUCUUCCAAGAGCACUUGUGCAGUUUCUUUUGGGCAUUUCUGUGCUCGCACAUGCAGCACCUCUCUGAAGGAACUUCCUGUUUAUGUCCAGCUGAGUGUCCAAACUGCGACUCCAACCAGCCCCUGCCCUCUGAGCUCGGACGCCAAACCGUUGAGGGGCAGGGUGUUGACUGGGAGAAAAUGCGAUGCACCACCCUCACCACCCUGCUGACAGGGGUCAUGCUGUACCUGGGGAUGGGCGCGCUUGUUUUUGUAACAUUGGAGACCCCUAAGGAGAGCGCGGCACACAAACAGCUGCUCAAAACCAAGCAAGACUUCCUCAUUAACAACUCCUGCGUCACUGAGAUGCACUUCCACAAGCUCUUGAAGGACGUGGUGUCUGCCGUUGAAGCAGGGUUAGAUGUGAGCAAUCUUCCUGCCAACCUGACCACCCGCUGGGACAUGGCCUCGGCCUUCUUCUUCUGUGGUACCAUCAUUACCACCAUAGGGUUUGGGAACUUGUCCCCGCGGACGUGGUUCGGACAGUUGUUCUGCGUGUGCUAUGCUCUGGUGGGCAUCCCCAUGUUCGGCAUACUGCUAGCUGGAGUGGGUGACCACAUGGGCACGGUGCUGCGGAAAGCUGUGGGCAAGAUUGAGACCCUCUUUUUGAAACGAAAUGUCAGGCCCACAACUGUGCGAGUGAUCUCAGCAGUUCUCUCCAUCCUGAUUGGCUGUUUGAUCUUCCUCGCCGUGCCAACAGUCGUGUUUCAGAAAGUGGAGGAGUGGUCAUUUCUGGAGUCGCUGUAUUUUGUGGUUAUCACUCUGACAACGGUUGGUUUUGGAGACUAUGUACCAGGUGGAUCUCAUGAAGGUGGCAAAAUCUUCAAGCCCCUGGUGCUGUUGUGGAUUGUGUUUGGUCUCGCCUACUUUGCAUCUAUCCUCACCAUGAUAGGCAACUGGCUGAGAGUGCUGACCAAGAGGACCCGUGCUGAGAUGGAGGAGUUGAGAGCCCAUGCUACAGACUGGACCCAGAACAUUACCCAGACGAUGGACUUCCGCAUCCCAAAUCCUCUGGAAUUCAACGAUCCUUUCCUCAUACAGCGCCGGCGCUGGAAACGCAGCGAGCGUCGGCGUAUACGCCGAGGAGCCCAGGGCACUCUGGGAUACUGGGCUCGAGGCGGAUCUGAGAAUGGACACCUGCCGAAUCGCUGGGUGGGCCUCUCCAGCUCCAUGUGUCAGCUGGAGGCCGUUUCGUCUCUAGAGGGGGCGGCAGCAGCUGAGGCGAGAGCACAGACGGCCCCCAGAGCAGCAGUGGGGAGCGGGGCUGACCCUGUCCAGUGUCGGACUAUUCACCAGCUGCUGGCCCGCUCAUUCUCCCUCCCUGUGGCCCACUCCACCUCUGAGCUGGACUCCACAGGUGCAGCCCUGCAGGAGGGGUCCAUGUCUGGUUCUGAGUCUCCGUUUGACUCCAAGUCAGACGGCUCCUCAGUGUCCUUGUCGUGCUCUGGUUUGCACAGCUUCCAGCCCUGCCGGGCCAUCAGCGGCAUGGAGGAAGGGAGAGGUAGUGUCAUGGUGUUGGAAGACGACACACGCAUCCCAGAGGACACUGAACGCUUCACAAGCAGCAGUCACAAUCACACCCCUUCCCCUAGUUCACUCUCCGGCUCCUGCUCUCUUAACCCCAAACCGGGUGCAGUUUUGCCCGACUCCCCUCACACCGCGACUGCCUCCCCUCCAGGCUGCCAGCCUCUGGAUUUCUUCGGAGAGAACCUGGCGUACAUUGACGAGUCCUCAGACACGCUGAGUGACCGCACCCAGCCAGGGAUGAGUGAGGAGAAGAAGAGGCGGUCACGAAAACCCAAGAGGAGGAGCAUUAGGAAGCAUCUGCCACGCAGGUGGAGUUACUUGCACGUGCGCUCGCCCAACAGUGACAUGCAGCCACCAUCCAAUCCCCCAACUCCACCUCCGGACUCGUCUCCCUCUGACUUGCCACCAUCAGAGAUCCAGACACAUUCAGCUCCUGCCCUCUGACAAAGAAAACACAGCAUGAGACCACAUUUGACAGAACUCAGCAGGUCCCAGUGCUGUGGUUUUACAGCAGAUUUAACUCUUUCCGCAGAUAAAAGAUCCACGCCUCAUGUACAUAUCACCACCAUGCUGUAACUGAUGUCCUAUUAUCAAGGGUUAGUCUCACAAAAUCAACUCAAAAAUCAUGUUUUUUUGUUUUUUUUUGGGACCAAAGCUAAAAGGGACAGAGUUUACCAAUUACUGGUUAAACUGGCUUUGUGCUAAAAGAAAUUGCUUAACAAAGUGAGGAUCAUGUUUUAUCUUUAAAGCAGCACAAUGUAACUUUCAGCUUUUGUUGAGUUGGACGGAUCCUUUGGACAAAAGCGGUAGUGCUUUACCAGUAGUGUGGCAGGGUUCCUACCAUCCACCUCGAAGUUACAUAGUACCAGUGAAGGUGAUACAGACCCCUCAGACC